UUAAGCAACAAAAUGCAAAAAAUAUAUAGUUUGAGGAAAAAUCAGCCUCUAAAAGAAUUGAUAAAAGAUCGAAAUUUAUUCACCUCCGAGUGCAAGCCGUAGGGCAAACGAGUAAAAAAAAUCGAAAACAAAAGAAAGAAACAAGAGGAAGAUGAUGGCGAAAUGCUCUGUUGCUCCUUCCGUUGAACCUAUGUUUCAGACCUUCAAUGGCCUUCAACACCUUGCCGAAACGCGUCGUUUCAAGGCUUGGUUCUUGGAUCAAUUUGGUGUCCUUCAUGAUGGCAAGCAACCUUACCCAGGCGCGAUUUCAACAUUGGAAAAGCUGGCAACAACUGGUGCCAAGAUGGUGAUCAUAAGUAAUUCUUCAAGACGUGCAUCAACAACAAUAGAGAAAUUGAAGAACCUAGGCUUUGAUCCUUCUCUCUUUGUGGGAGCCAUCACUAGCGGAGAAUUAACACAUCAGUACUUGCAAAGGAGGGACAAUGCUUGGUUUGCUGCUCUCGGAAGGUCUUGCAUUCAUAUGACCUGGAGUGACAGGGGUGCUAUAUCUCUUGAGGGUUUGGGCUUACAAGUUAUUGAGAAUGCUGAAGAAGCUGAUUUUAUCUUAGCCCAUGGCACCGAAGCCUUGGGGCUUCCUUCAGGUUUGGUACGUCCUAUGAGUCUUGACGGUCUUGAGAAAAUAUUAGAGCAUUGUGCAGCUAAAAAGAUUCCAAUGGUGGUAGCUAAUCCGGACUUUGUGACUGUUGAAGCUAGAGCUUUGAGUAUUAUGCCUGGUACCUUGGCAGCCAAAUAUGAGAAGCUUGGUGGUGAAGUGAAAUGGAUGGGGAAACCAGAUAAGAUAAUAUAUGAAUCAGCCAUGGCCAUGGUUGGUGUGGAAGCUUCUGAUUCUAUUGCUGUAGGUGACUCUCUUCAUCAUGACAUUAAGGGUGCAAAUGCCGCUGGAAUCCAGUCAGCAUUUACCACUGGAGGGAUCCAUGCAACUGAACUUGGACUGGAUAGUUUUGGACAAGUUGCAGAUAUAUCCUCUGUAAAGGCCCUUGCGGCCAAAUAUGAUGCAUAUCCAACAUACGUCCUUCCAGCAUUUGCAUGGUAGAACUUAUUCCUGAUCUUCAAGAAAGGAAUUGCUUUCCCAAUCAGUAAUUGGAGGGGGGAAGAGCAGAACUUAGAGUAACACUGUGGAAAACUCAAUGGCGUUGAGACUUUUGCCUAAAUGCAAAUUUAGUUGGUAAACCGGUGGUUCGCCCAUCUAAACCCAGCACAAGCAGAAAAUAUAGAGUACAAAAAAAAAUUAUAUCAAUUACUAAAGAUCAGGUAAGAGUACUGUAUCAUUAAGAAUUGUGCUAUCAUCAUGUUAUCUCUGUUGCAUACACUCUUAAAUGCUUGUCAUUAGCAAAUUGUUCAUUUAAAACCCAUAAGAAGUUUGUAAGUGGCACAGCUCUUAUAUGGUGGUAUCUGGGUUACUAUACCAGUUUUUAAAA